UGUGGGUUGAGGGGGCGGAUGUGAGGAUGAGUAAUGGAGUGAGGCUGAGAUGGGCAGUCAACUGCACUCAAUGGAGUCCAACAAGACACGAGUGGCUGGCUGCACUGGGCUGUCUCCAGGGAGAGGAGGUGGAGAGAGUGGGCAGCUUUGUCUAUCAAAAGGACUGCAAACUUGCCUUGGUGGGUAGGCUGCUUAUCCGAGCUGCUCUCACAUCAUUACUGCAACUCAGGAACAACGAGAUCCAGCUAACGAGGUCUGAGAAGGGGAAGCCCCUGCUCGUUAGAAAUGGGACUAUUGAUAACAGUAUGGGAUUCAACAUAUCUCAUCAGGGUGACUAUGUGGUGCUGGCAGCCCAGAAGGGUAACUCAGGUAAGCAGGUUACCAUGGAUACCCGCACAUGUACACAGUCUCCUCCUGCAGUGGGUGUGGAUGUGAUGCAACUAUCUGUGCCUCGUGGUGCUAGUGUGAAUGAGUUCUUCUCCACUAUGAGCAGACAGUUCACCUCAACAGAGUGGGAGCAGAUCAAGCAGCCCAACACCCAACACCUCGCUAACUUCUACAGGUUCUGGUGUUUGAAGGAGAGCUUUAUCAAGGCUGAAGGUUCUGGAUUGUCCUACGGUUUACAGAAUCUGGAGUUCCACACUGACCCUGCUCUUCCUUGGCCUCCCCCCUCACACAUAGUAAGCUCACCUCCUCCCCCCUCACACAUAGAUGUGUAUGAAAGCACUCGACUGUUUGUAAAGGGACAGCUGUGUGAGGAGUGGGGGUUUCAGGAAUCACUGAUUGAUAGUCAGCAUUGUGUGGCAGUGGCAGCAACCCCCACCAGGGGUCCCCCAGUGUCAACAACCCCCCCUACCAGUGGACCCCCCUUCACCAAGCUCUCUAUAUCCUCCCUGUUAGACUGCCUGGAGGGCAUGCCAGCCACAGAAGAGCUGUGGGCUAGAUUCAUUAUCAAAGACAACCAUUAAAAAUUUUUCACUAGCAAACGAUUUCAGUGUCACAAUGACAACAUGCUGAUAAUUGGUGUGAUCAAAUGCUAAACUUC